CGCGCCGCGAGCCGAAUCGACGGCCGUCACUCACUCGUUCAGCACAAAUAUAGUGCUAAUCACUUGACGUUUCACUUUUUGAUCCUCAUAUCUCGUAUCGAACACAAUUAGCAGAUUCGUGAUACCUCGCAGUCGUUUUGAUUUAAAUAAACGUUAAAGAUAAUUUGUCUCCUAAGUUACGGUUGUGAUUUUUAUUACGUGAAAUUGAGUUAAUAACCUAAGUUUGGACAAUAAUAUUUGGCACUCAUGUGCGUAUGCAUGGCGGUGUGAAGCAUCAUCAUAGACACGGCACUCAGCGUUCGCAGAGUUUGAACCGUGGGCACUCUUUGUCGCGUUCUGAUGCGACCUGGUGACAUCACGGGACCGCGGGCAGCGUAGUUCAGUGCGCCGAAUGCGGCGCGCGCACGAUGGGUAACAAACUGUCGUGUUCCUGCGCACCAAUCCUCCGCAAGGCAUAUCGCUAUGAGGACAGCCCGUGGCAAAAUUCCCGACGACGUGAUGGACAUCUCUUGAGACUUUGGGCAGAAGUAUUUCACGUGUCAGCGAGCGGCGCUGGCACCGUCAAGUGGCAGCAGGUAUCCGAAGACCUGGUACCUGUGAACAUCACCUGCAUACAGGACUCGCCAGAAUGCGUGUUCCAUAUUACCGCAUACAACUCCCAAGUCGACAAAAUCCUUGAUGUUAGACUAUUGCAACCUGGCACUCGUAUUGGACAAGCAUCAGAAUGCUUUGUGUAUUGGAAAGAUCCCAUGACCAACGACACAUGGGGUUUAAACUUCACAUCUCCUAUAGACGCGAAGCAGUUCAGAGAAUGUUGCUCGCCUUCAUUUAAAUUCUCACGGAAGGCAUCUUCGAGCUACAGCCUGAAGCUGGAGCCGCCGGGGAGCAAACAAAAAUUCAAGACGAAGAGGAAACCGGUCUCAACACCAGCUAGUCCAAAUCGGUCAAGUCUUAGUUACGGACGCGAGCCACAAUGCACCUGCAUGACCCAGGAACAAUACGCCAGACUGAGGGCACAGGAUCCAAGAUACCGCUCAUCAACAUUACCGCGUACCACCACUCGGGCUAUAGAGACAGACGCAGCGGCGGCAGCUGGGCGCUCAGACAAGGUGGCUGCUGCUACUUCAUCCACAUCACUCUACGACAACGUCGCUACAACUCAGCCCGCUCAACAGCCGCCUAAACCCGCGGCACGUCAAAGUGAGACUCAACCACCAGCUCGUCCGCCGAAGUCCCAAGAAACAUCUACGAUGACAACAAAUACUUCAACAGCGCCUAAGACCGUAACUGCUUCUGUUGGGACACAUGGAAAUACGACGACCGAAGAGACCACGCAAGUGUCCAGCACUGGAUCGACAAAUCAACACGGCCAAGAUUUGAAAUCUGAAGGCGUUCAAGCUGGAGGCACUUUGACAUCCUCCAAAUCAUCAGCAACAUCAACUCGUGCUGGCAAGGAACAUCUACAGCAUAUGCCUAAGAGCGUUGAUUAUGGAGAUGGCAAUGAAUCGGGUCGUGAAUCAGAAAGACAUAUGCAUAACCACAACGUGAUUAACAACAAUACGUCGGGUUCGCGACGCACAAAGUCCAAAAGCACUGAAGAUAUGAAUAUGGACCCAAACACGCUGAAACGUAUGCUCAAACCGAUGCCCUCUACGGAGAGUCCCAUCACGUCCCCAGAAAUGGGACGAAGGAGGUACGCGGCCUGUCCCUCAUCCUGCUCGCACUCACACCGCCAUCCCCACCAUGGACAUUACACACACGUCAUCAAUAAUAAUAGCAGGCAGUCGUCACAGCGGUAUUCGUCUGCUAGCCGUGGUGUCGGCGUGGGUGCCGCCCCAAGCGGCUAUCCCGGGCGUGGACUGUAUUUGGAGCUGGGCGGUGGUGAGAGAGAUGUGUCACCACCCUCAGAUAACGUCAUGUUUGACAAUCAAUGCUAUGCUACCACACCCUCGUCGUCUAAUGGCAACUCAGACCAAGAACAUUGUCAACGCAGAGAUCCGAGACAACAUCACCACAUGAAGCCGUGUCUCUCGCGCCAAGCAUCGCAGCAGAGCGCCACUCCAGCUCCAGGAUCUCCAACAUCACGCCUACUAUUGGAAUAUGAGAUGCAUCUAAGAAAUACACUAGCUAAGGGAAUGGAUGCUGAGAGCUACAGUUUGCAUACAUUUGAGGCGCUUUUGAGUCAAAGCAUGGAAGACUUGGCAUUUGUUUUAGAAUACAACGAAAAUCUACCACCUUCUAAUCAGAGGAGUCCAUAUCCACCACGACGACGUCCUGGAUCUCAAUGUUCAGGCGGAGGAAGUCGCUCAUCAACUCUUCCGCUUCCGCAUCGAAUGGGGGUGGAAAGGCAGCACAGUGCGCGAUCAGACCGCGAUGGAUAUUACAGCGAUCGCAAUGAAUUAAUGAGGGAACGAGAGAGGGAGCGGGAAAGGGAGAGAGGGUAUCUCAGUGAUCAUAAUACAAGAGAUCGGGUGAGAGAUCGAGACCAGGGUUACCUGAGUGAUCAUCAAUCAAGUUUCGUGAGCGCAUCGAGAUGUGCAUCGUGUAUCGGAGAGUCGGCUCGCUCUGCUUGGUACCGUCACUCAGAUGGGUGGAGGGGGCAGCAACCUUCUGGUCCUCGCCGCUCCCCAUGGGACUCUCUCCCCAGCCUGCGUCACGAGGGAAGCCUAAACGAUUCCGGAUAUAGAAGCAAUCGGGCUGAUAGCUUCGAACAACGUGGCAUGUUUGAUCGCCAAGACAGUGUACGAUCUGAAUACACAAGUGAUCGGGAGUCAUCUCGCUACGGCAUCGUACAACAGGCCUCAAUUGACAGCACAGAUUCCCGCAUUUGCUAUUUGACUUCAAGUGAGAUAUCCGACGAUGAUCGCAUGUCAUUGACGACGGCUGUGUCUGAUGAAGAGGAUCCUGGUGAGAGCGCAAUGAAUUCACCGUACAAAGGAAAGCAGACCGGUGCUGCAGCCGCCUCUUUCAAUUGCACUGGUGCUGUGAGAAAAGCUGGAUUUUUGAGCGUCAAAAAGUGGCUACUACGGAAGAAACAUCAAAUCGAGCUGGCCCGGAAACGAGGCUGGAAAGGAUAUUGGGUCUGCCUCAAAGGCACCACUUUGCUAUUCUACCCCUGCGAUUCACGCGAGGGGCGAUCCGUGGAAGCUGCCCCUAAACACCUAAUAAUCGUCGACGGAGCAAUUAUGCAACCCAUACCAGAGCAUCCGAAACGCGAUUACAUAUUCUGCUUGAGCACUGCAUUCGGUGACGCAUAUCUAUUCCAAGCUCCGUGCCAGGUGGAGCUCGAAAACUGGGUGAAUAGCAUACAUAGUGCAUGCGCUGCGGCGUUUGCCCGCCAUCGAGGCAAGACCGGCACGCUUCAUCUACUUCAAGAGGAAAUUUACCGCCUCGAAAAAGCCAUAGAAUCGGAUCACAAAUUGAAACACAUGGCAGAUCUACAACAGUCGGUGGUAUCUGACCCGGAAACAAGAGCUCAGUUGGCAGUGCAAAUGCUACAAUGGGAGGAAAAUCUUGAACGACUGCAUUGCGAACAAUUCAGACUUAGAUGUUAUAUGGCCAGUCUGCAAAGUGGCGAGCUUCCAAACCCUAAGUCUCUGCUUACACACGUUUCUCGGGGAACAAAGAGCACAUUGAACAAAUUGGGUGUAUUCACCGUGUCGUCUUUCCAUGCGUUUAUCUGCGCCCGUUCCCCAUCUUUGCUCAACAAUUUGCUCGCGGGCAGAGGGGCUACUAAGCGAAGGGCGCCUAAUCUGUCAAGAUCUAAUUCGGGCUCCAGCCGGCGGUCUAUGCAGAUGUCGCGUGAAGAGGGUGAAGCUGCAGUACGGGUGUCAUUACCUGAAGGAACUACCGCCACCGUUGGUGUUCGUGAAGGAAUGACAGUUGAGGAGUUCCUUGCCUCUGCGUGUGUGCGCCGUUCUCUUAACGCGCUGGAACACUUUGUGAGGGUUAAGAAACGACGUGAUAUGGAGGAUCAUAACUACUUUGUGCCACAUCGUUCUGAUCUUAUUGAGACUUAUUUGCACACACACGAGGUAGUGGAAGUUUGCGCGAAGAUCUUAUACCAAGUAGAACUGCAACGCACAACUUUGGAGCAAAUGUGGGGCUUCAGCGUAGAGGCCGAGCUCAUUGAGAACGCCGAGAGACAAGACGAGCUUUGUUGUUACGUCAGUCGCGUUGAAGACAAGAGCGUCGCUAUGCAAAAUGGUAUCAUAAAAGGUGAUGAGAUAAUGGUGAUCAACGGUGCAAUAGUCUCCGACCUAGAUAUGAUGUACCUCGAGAGCGUGCUGCAAGAGGAGCUUUCUCUAGUUAUGAUGAUGAGGUCAUCCCGCACGGAGCCGCCAGAGCUAAGCGGAGCGAUGCGCGCGGCCACCGACGAUAUAAUCGAUUCGCUGGUAUGUCCGCCGCCGCCCACCGAUCCACCCGUCAUCUCCGAUGACAUGAUAUCUGGGCUCAUCGUGCCCGCGCCUGCUUGGAGCAAGGAACUGUACAGUCCUGAAACAGACGGGCAUACGGACGCGGCAUCGGGACCACCCAAAGUUAGUUCUCGAACUAACUCAUUUGAGAUUGAAAAUCUACUCAAGUGUGGGGAUGUGCGUCAGAGCGCGGAGCAGGUGACUGGGUGGUGCCGGUCACCGGGUGACACGCGUCGCGCGAGCCCCACGGGAAGCCUCGCGAGUGCUGCGGUUACUCCCUCGAGGCACCUGUCUGACGCUGACAAGCUGAGGAAAGUACUCUUGGAACUGGUGGACACGGAACGCGCGUAUGUCAAGCACCUUAAUAAUUUACUGGAGAAUUACUUGGAACCGCUGAAGAGGGAAACUUUUUUAUCGAACGCGGAAAUCAACGCUCUGUUCGGAAAUAUUCAGGAGAUUGUAACUUUCCAAAGACAGUUCCUGCAAAACUUAGAAGAAGCGCUUGAUGCUGAAUCUAACUUCCACCAUUUAGAAUUGUCUAAUCAGUUCAAGAAUGUUCUAUUCGCUGUUGGAAAUGCAUUCCUUUAUUACGUAAAUCACUUCAAAUUAUAUAGCUCGUUCUGCGCUAGUCACAGCAAAGCUCAGAAAGUCUUACAUCCGAAUGAAGGCAACCAAGCGUUGCAAGAGUUCCUUGCGGCUCGCAAUCCGAAGCAACAGCACUCAUCCACUUUAGAAUCGUAUUUAAUUAAACCGAUUCAGCGAAUACUGAAAUAUCCGCUAUUACUUCAACAACUCCGAAAUUUGACUGAUGUCAACUCUGAAGAGCAUCUUCAUUUAGUUGAGGCUUUAAAGGGUAUGGAAAAGGUUGCUGAACAUAUAAAUGAAAUGCAACGAAUACACGAGGAAUAUGGUGCUAUCUUUGAUCACUUAUUUAGGCAACACCAAAAGUCAUGCAAGCAACCAAUAGACUUAAGUCCAGGUGAUUUGCUAUAUUAUGGAGGCGUAGAGUGGUUAAAUAUAUCGGACUUCCUAGGAAAAAUUAAAAAGGGACUAGAAUUACACGCAAUGUGUUUUGUAUUUAAAUCAGCCGUUGUCUUCCUUUGCAAAGAAAGACUGAGACAAAAAAAGAAAUUGAUGGGCGUUUCGUCAAAGAAUAAUUCCAAUGAAGUAGAGAUAAUUAGGUAUCAAGUAUUAAUACCAGUUACUGAGGUACAAGUUCGUGCUUCUUCAGCUAAAGAUAUGGACAGUCACUUCUUGUGGGAGCUCAUACAUUUGCGAAGCCAGCUUCAGCGUCGCUCGGAGAAAGUAUAUGUACUGUCUAACAGUACGGCUGACUUCCGCAAUGCCUUCCUCAAGACAAUUCGUCAAAUAAUACGUGAGUCGGUUCGCAAUAUGUCGCUACCGACCACUCGGCCCGCGCCCAUGCCACCGCGAGCGCCGCACACGCUCGACAGACCUAAGCAACAGGUUCAAGUAAUGCAAGGAUCGCAAACCUUAGGGAAAACAAAGAAACCGAAAACAUCUGGACAGAGAUUAUCUGCUGGGAACAUAGAGGUCGGUAAUUUGUCACGAGACAAUUCUCAAGACGCCGAAGACACUCCGCAAGAAGAGGAUCACUCGUUCAGACUUAGAAGCAAAACAGUCGGUGAGGCACCAGCGUGUGAGAGCAUAAAGCGCACUCCGCCGCCUCCGCCGCCCACAGACACGGAAAAGUCAGAGGGCGGGUCUAAGUCCGAAGGCGAAGACGAACCCCCAGCACCACCCGCCAAGAGAGGGUUAGGACGCACUCCCAACCACCUCACGCUCAGCACAACAUCGACCCUAAGCGCCGGAAGCACUGGUAGCCAAGCUCGCCUCAUUCAAUCUUCGCAUCAACCCACCCAAUAUCAACCCACUAUGGUCAAAGAGCUAGGUAAGCAAGAGUCACAAUCUUUAAAAUCUUCUCCCGAAAAGAAACCCUCAGGAUCCGAGAAGAAGAUUAAAGUCAUCCGCUCCGGCAGCGGAAGCAACAUUCACAGAGAGAGAUCUCCCAAUAGAUGCGACCGCUCCCCCGAUAGAGACAAGGUCACCAAAGUCAUCAUUUGCAAGUCUCCCAACAAGUCCAACCUUAAGCAGUCCAAAUCCCUCCACCGUUCCCCUCGUGGUAGCUUCGACCAAUCGAAGUCCCCCACAAUCGACAAAUCCCGCUCACCGCAGCAGAGCUUCGACGGCUCCAAGUCCCCUCGCGGAAGCAUCAUGAAGUCCCGCGAAAACAGCAUAGAUAGAGCAAGAUCACCGAAACCGGCCCCGAAAAAGGGCAUCAUGCGAACACCUCAGGCCAGCUUCGACAGGUCUCCUUGCAAAUCGCCCAACGUGAGUCGGCGCUCUUCUAAAUCCAGCGGCGAGAAACUGGCCCGCCUCGGAACCAACUCCUUGGACAGGAUGACCCACUAUUCUCAAUUGGCGAAAGUGGAAGAUAAGGCAAUAAAGAUGGGGAUCGUCGUGUCCAAGUCGACUGAAUCCAUCGCUAAAGCGAUUGAGCGUCCCACUUGUGUCGAGUGUUAUUUAUCUGGGAAGAAGCAGAGUAAGACCUCUUAGCAUAAGGGGAGGGGCAAGUACCCGAAAACUCGUAAGAAAUCAACGGCGCCCCAGUCCAUUCUGACGUCAUCGGACCGCAGCAGUGUGGAGACUCUGGACGACGUUGCGCACGAGCGAGGAUAUUGCCCUUCGUCACGACAAUGCGCUACGAGCGAUUUCGAUCAGAUUCACGUUUAAAUUGAUUUUAUACAGAACACUAUCGGAGCCGUAUAUAAUUUACAUGUCAUUACUAAUAUUUUAAAUGCACACACUUUUGCCUUAGUUUUGCCAUCAACUUGACUUUUAUUUGACCUUCUAACAAAACUAGAAUGCGGCAUAAAUAAUAAUUCAUGUGUCAGAGCAAUGGCUGAUGGCUGGUGUCAGCUGUCAUUAUAAUUUAAUAACAUCAACGAUAAAUUAGUUCAAAACCGUAAUAUGGUUUAUUUGCUUUGUUAAUGUUUCUAGAUCUAUAAAUUAUACUAUUUGAUAGUCUGUAGUAUUAGUAACUAAAUUUGUAUGAAAAUUCGUCGACACAAACUGUGGUUAUCAUACAAAUUUAGUUUCCGACUUUCUACAUCUACUACUAUUAAGGCAUCUUGACUAUGCCCGUAGUCAUUAUUAAUAAUGUCAGAUGGUGUUAGUGUCAGCUGCCAUUGUCAUAAUAAUUCGAUGGAUAUGGAGUCUUUAUUACUAUCGACAAUUGAAUAGUCGUUAAUUUAUAGAUCUAAUUAACAAAUCAAAAAAACCAUAUUACGGUUUUGAACUAAAUUGACGUUGAUGUUAUUAAAUUAUAAUGAUAAUGGCAGCUGAUACCAGCGCCAUUGCUUCGAUAAAUAUAAUUAAACUGAAAGGUAUCUAGCAAGAUUAUGAAAAAAUAUCCAAAUUAUAUGCGGUAUAGUUGUUCUGUAUUUUGGAAAGUAAAUGACGCUGCUCUAUCGACUGGUAAAUGGAAUUGACUAGAGACGUGCUAAGUAAUCGUAUUAAAUUUUACUUAUAUGUAACUUUACAUAUUAUAAUCGAAACACCAAUAAACGUAGAAGUAGCGUAGAUAUAACACCAAUAUUGUUACCAGAAUGCUAAGUUCAAAGUAUGUAUACGUAACAUUUUAACCUAUUGAAUAUAUUGAAACCAUGCUUAGUGUAGCUAAUUGCACUUACGAUAAGAAUAGCCGUAAACAGAGUCGUUCAUUAUCUCUUAUAAAUAUCUCAAUUAACUAAACAUCACCUUGACGGCUGGAAGUCUUCCAAGCUUCACAAGACUCUUUGUUUUGCGAACAAGUGAGUUGUGGAAACGACUACUUAAGAAAGAGUAUACUCCUCCUUCAAAGGCUGGCAACACACCCACUAAAUUGGAUAUACAUGGGCUGCAAUGACUGCCCUUUUUGGGCGUCCUGUAGCCUACAGGUCCUGUGUCCAAAAAAAACAAUCAUUUUAAAAUCUGAUUACGAAACCAUAGAGCGAUUUUAAUCUUUAUUCUGUGCUCUUAUUCACACUAUAUGCAAUAUAAGAAUCCUAAUUGCUGCUACGAGCCGUUAAUUUCCAUUUUUAUUUAUUCACAGCCUCAUCAACAAGGCCACUGUAAUAAAAAUACACACACUCAAAAUACAGAGAUACAAAUAAAUAAUAUAUAUGUAUGUAUUUUUUGUUUCUAAGGACCUCUUAAUGAGUAUAUGCCUCUUCCAAUUGGCUCCAUCUCUCUCUAUCUUGAGCAUUUUUUUCCUAAUCUCCUCCACCAACUUCCUUGAGCUCGUCAACCCACCGUGCAAGAGAGCAACCUCUCUUUCUUUCAAAAGGCCACAAUAGUAGUAAAGACAUAGAAAGCUAUGAACGACUCAGUACGGCUGUCGUAGUAACAAUAAUUUUAAAUAGAUGACGUAAUCAUAAUAUUCAAACUUUAAUCCUAGUAUCCAAGUGCUAAGUGUUAAAUUUAAUGGCUGUGGAAUCGAACUGAUGUUUAUCCUUAACAUUAUUCAAUUAUAACCAUUAUUCAUAUUUCAAUUUUUUCUAUUAUCUUUAAAUAUAAUCAAUAAAUUUUUAGAUACCAUUUAUUAAGUCUUCCAUUUCUUAAAACAUUAAAUCAUUUAUAUAAUUUUAUUACGUGCUCAAUUUAGAAUUAAAUUAAAAGAUUUAUUUUUACUAUCAUCUUUAUCCUGAUACACUUUAAAUGUGAUAUUUUAUAUUUGGUUGGUAAUUAAGCAUAAACUCUCUCUAAACUAUUACAUAAUAUAAACUAUGCAUUAAUCAUAACUAUUUAAUGACUAUGUAUAAUCGUAAUACACUUAAAUACGUAAAUAAUAAUUCAAUUACCCAAACAAUAUGUAGAUUAAGUAGAACUAAUAUAAGAAUAGCAAAUGCACGAAUACUAUACUUUUCCUCUUAACGAUCGCACAUGUAAGACCCUUUUUGAACCUGCGUUGGUACUAUGUAACUUCCAAUAGAUAGAGUACUGUAGCUCGCACUAUUAAGCGAUCGAAAUUGCAUAUAAAAACGUAAGAAAUCGCUGGAAAUUACAGAGUAGCGACGCUGCACUUAUUUUUGCUCUUACUACACAGGUUGCAUUUAUUUUUCUUCGAUAUUAAAUUUGAAUGUUCGAUGAUAAUGUUGAUAGUGAAUUUUCUUAUCCCGUCAAUUCGUCGAUUUAUGUUUGUUUGGCGAAAGAUGUUAACUGCAGACGAUAUAUGUAUAACUUGUUAUUCGAUUGCAGUCUGACUAGGGAAUUCAAACUGUGCUUGCGUACACAUUUCAAUCCAUAAGUAUACGCUGACUUAAUACAUCUGUGUUAAACUUUAUAUCAAACAGCAAGCUGUAAUUUAUAAAGCGUUCUACACUUAAAUAACAAACAUAAUAGAGAGCUAGUUAGAACUUGGACAAGCUUUUAGCUAUGCGAGUUCUUAGGCCAGACUACAGAGGACUAUAAAUUAAAUUACACAGAGUAAAAACUCAUUCAUGUCUGGCAUAAUCUGUGCUACACUGAGUACGCUUUAUAAAUGUCAGCAAAUACAAAUAUUUGACAGAUGUAUAUUUCCAUUGCGUGUCAAAUUCAUGGACAUCAGACUCAUUUACGUAAACGACAUUUUAAAUGUACGCCAGCACAGCGUUAACAACAUUCAUCAAACAUUCAACUCUUUUCGCGGCUCCGCAUUACCCUGGAUAUAUAUUCUAAAUUGUCGGUCGUGUGAACUCAAUGAUAAAAGAGUUCGGUGUUUGGUGUGUUGUAGGGUCUCCGGUGUGGAAACCGCGCGAGGUGUCGGAGGCCCCCGCCCCCACCACCCUGCCCCGCUCGCAGCGCCCCGCGCCUCGCGCCCCUCACCUCUCCGCCAGUCGCAAGUCGCUGGCGCCGGACCACAGGCA